UACCAUACAUACAAGUAGAUCAGUGUUGUUUUAAAGCUCAAACGAUACGCAUUCAAAAAUAAUUUCUAAACAUUCUUUCAUUUGUGCAAAACUUCUCCAGUUUAUUUGUUUACUAUUUGAGAAUUUUAUCAGAGAAUAGAGAAUUACUUCGUCUCUUUCGAUAAUGUCAACACUUUGGAAUUCACGUGUUGCCGGCACAGUUGUUACACGCUUGCGUUUAUUUAGUGGAGAACAACAACAAUUACAGAAAUAUCAAUGUGCAAAAUACUCUACAGUCAGCAAUGCGAAAACAGAAAAUAGUGUCUUCGAUUUGGAGUGGCAACAAGCAUUGCCUUAUAAAUCAAUGCCUAAACUGUCCAGAUAUCAAAUGCUGCGCGGUUUCCUGAAGGGAGGUGAGUUUGUUGAUCUCUCGCUCAAUGAUUUCCUCUUCAAAUGUCGCGAACGUUUCGGUGAUAUUUACCGGAUGCCAGGCGUGAUUGGCCAACCAGAUUCUGUUGUGCUCUUCAAUGUAAAUGAUUUUGAAAAAGUUUAUCGCACCGAAGGUAUUUGGCCCAAUAGGCCAGGAACCGAUGCGGUGCGAUAUUAUCGAGAAAACAGGAAAGAUGGCUUUUUCGCGGAAACCCUGGGCUUGAAUGAUAAUGGUGAAAAAUGGGCUAAAUUUCGGCACGUAGUCAAUCCGGUCUUAAUGCAGCCGAAAAAUGCCAAAUUAUAUUUGGAUCCAUUGCAAAAGGUGAAUUUGGAAUUUAUUGAAAGAAUACGUGAAAUUCGCGAUCCGCUUACGCUGGAGGUGCCUGAAAAUUUUUUGGAAGACAUUAAUCAUCUUGCCUUUGACUCCGUCGCUGUAGUCGCCUUGGAUCACGAAUUCGGCUUGCUACGCAGAAACCCCGAUUGCGCCGAGGCAAAAGUGCUUUGUGAGCAUAUGAGCGCAUUUUUGAAAUCAAUUUACGAUUUGGGCAUUAAGCCAUCAUUCUAUAAAUACAUACAAACACCCACCUACAAGCGCUUCGCCAAGUCUAUGGAUCUCAUGUUCGAUGUGACAAAUCGUUAUGUAAACGCUGCUUUGGAGCGUUUAGAGAAAAAUCCUUCGAAAGAAGGUGAAGAGCGUAGCGUUUUGGAAAAGCUAUUGAAAAUUAAUCGAAAAACGGCAAUUGUGAUGGCAAUAGAUAUGCUAACGGCUGCAGUGGAUGGUUCUUCCAGCGCACUUGCUGCCGUUCUACUCUGCAUCGCCAGGAAUCCUACAAAGCAACAGAAGUUGCGCGAGGAGCUGUUGGCUGUUUUGCCAAACAAACAUGAACGCUUCACCGUUGAAAAUAUGAAGAACUUACCAUAUUUACGCGCUUGCAUCAAAGAAGCUUUACGUAUAUAUCCUCUUGCUUUUGGUAAUGUGCGCGAAACUGGCGCAGAUCUUGUGCUGAGCGGUUACCGCGUACCCAAAGGCACUUCCGCACUGAUUAGCUCCAAUAUGCUGCCGAAUGAGGCGCUUUUCUUUCCACGUCCACGUGAAUUCAUACCCGAACGUUGGCUACGCAAGUCGGAUGCGGUGUCUGCUGACGGCGAGCGUGUUUUAGCUGAAAAUGUGAAUAAAUUUAUAAAUCUGCCAUUCGGUUUUGGGCCGCGUAGUUGUGUUGGCCGGCGUAUUGCCGAGUUGGAAAUGGAAUUGACAUUGGGUAAUUUGGUGCGCAAUUUUGAAAUCGAGUUCAAUCAUUCAACGAAGAACGCAUUUAAAUAUCAUCUUAUUAGCGCGCCGGCGAUACCGUUGAAAUUUAAGUUUGUCGACCUGAAGUGAGGUCAAUCAAAUUUCUUCUUUGUUUUUUUUUUUGAAGAUUCUGCGGUAAAGUGAAUUUAAU